GCACCAGUUCAUCACCGGCCACCUACAGAAAGCUAACUAGCUACAAGCUACUGCAUAGAGCUGAUGAUGACGAAGUACUCACCUGCAAGGCUCCUCUCCAUUCGAUCUCUCCUGCUCUGCCUCCCGGCCGUCUGGGUGCUAGCCGCCACCGCCGGCGUCCCGCCGGCGCACCGGCCCGCAAGCUGCCAAUCCAGGUGCGGCGAGGUCGACAUCCCGUACCCGUUCGGCGUCGGCGAUGACUGCGCCAUCAACGAUGGCUUCAAUCUCAGCUGCAGUCUUGUCAACGGCACCGAAAGGCCUUUCAGUGGGCCGUUCGAGGUGACCAAGAUCUCCAUGGCCGACGCCAAAGCCUGGAUAAAGAUGAACAUCUCUUGGUGGUGCUAUGAUUCUGACACGAGCCAGAUGAGGCAGGGCACAUGGGGAGGAAAUUUCACAAACUCGGCAUUCAGGUUCUCACACGAGGAUAACAAGAUAUUUGUAAUCGGCUGCAACACGCUCGCUUAUAUCACGAGCGAAUAUUACAGCAUAGGUUGCUUGUCCAGAUGCUAUGGUGAACCGAGAAACAUGAGUUCAUGCUCCCCCGGGUCUGGCUGUUGUGAGGCAGAUGUCCCAGAUAACAUGGGGUAUUGCAAAUCUUACUUCAAUCCAGACUACAACGACACCAAUACCUGCGGCUAUACUGUAGUGAUGGAAGCCAAGGCGUUUAGCUAUAGCACAACAUACAGGUCGUCCUCAUCGUUUUGGCAUGCAAACAACGGCACAGUGCCAGUUGUAAUGGACUGGAGGAUUACAUUCGAAACAUGCGAGCUUGCACAAUUGAACCUCAGUUCAUAUGCAUGUGUUAGCAACAAUAGCAAAUGUGUCAACACCACCAACGGGCCAGGCUACCGCUGCAAGUGCCUGGACGGGUAUCAAGGCAAUCCGCACGUCAGCAAUGGAUGCACAGAUAUCGACGAAUGCCAGAGUAAUAUGAAUAAUUGCAAAGCCAGAGGGGCAACUUGCGAAAAUACACAGGGAAGCUAUAAAUGUUUAUGUCCACGGGGGAAAACGAUGAUAGAUGACAGGUGCAUGGCAAAUCAGAAGUCCUCUUCUUGGGUGAUACCAGUCGUAGGUUCAAGCGUUGGACUAGUGGCCCUCGUCAUUACUAUAACCUGUGCAUACUUGAUCCUACAAAGAAGAAAGCUACAUCACAUCAAGCAGAGAUACUUCCAACAGCACGGAGGUAUGCUAUUGUUUGAAGAGAUGAAAUCACAACAAGGUAAUAGCAUUGCUUUCAAAAUAUUUUCAGAAGCAGAAUUGCAAGAAGCCACCGAUAAGUUCGAUGAGAAACGAGUGCUGGGUCAGGGAGGACAUGGAACAGUGUACAAGGGGCUUCUCAAAGGCAACGUGGAAGUGGCGGUAAAAAGAUGUAUGUCCAUUGACGAGCAGCACAAGAAAGAAUUCGGCAAGGAAAUGCUAAUCCUCUCUCAAAUCAACCACAGGAACAUCGUUAAGCUACUCGGCUGCUGCCUCGAAGUGCAGGUCCCCAUGCUGGUAUAUGAGUUCAUCCCAAAUGGCACAUUGUUCCAACUCAUACAUGGCAACCAUGGCAGGCAGAUUUCCUUGGCAACUCGCGUACAGAUCGCUCAUCAGUCCGCUGAGGCGCUUGCCUACCUGCACUCAUGGGCAUCCCCACCAAUCCUCCAUGGAGAUGUCAAGUCUUCAAACAUCCUCAUCGAUGGAGACUACACAGCCAAAGUAUCAGACUUUGGUGCUUCCAUCCUAGCACCAACUGAUGAAUCACAGUUCGUCACACUUGUUCAAGGAACUUGUGGGUACCUUGACCCAGAGUAUAUGCAGACAUGCCAUUUGACAGACAAGAGCGAUGUGUACAGCUUCGGGGUUGUUCUCCUAGAGCUUCUCACACGCAAAAAGCCCUUUAACCUUGAUGCGCCUGAAGAUGAGAAGAGCCUAGCAUUGAGGUUUAUUUAUGUGACAAAGGAGGGCAGGCUGGAGGAGAUACUGGAUGAUCAGAUCAAGAAUGAUGAAAACAUGGAGUUUCUGGAAGAGAUUGCAGAGUUAGCAAAGCAGUGCUUGGAGAUAUCUGGCGUCAAUAGGCCGUCGAUGAGGGAAGUCUCCGAGAGGCUUGAUAGAUUGAGGAAGGUCAUGCAACAUCCAUGGGAACAACAGCAGAACCCUGAGGAGAUGGAGUUGUUGCUUGGAGAGUCAUCCUUGGCAAGCUCCGAGAUUGUCAACAGUGGGAUUUUAAGCAUCGAGAAGAAGGCUGCCAGGAAUCUUGAAUCAGGACGUUAAUCAGCAGGAAGUGCAAAAGGAAAGCGAGAUUACUUUUUUAUCGAUUACCUGUGCCUACAGCCUAUGGUAAGCUAAUGUCAAAGUUGGGUCACACUGGUCGGUCACUUUAAGCUAUUUUUGUAAUGUUAGAGAUGUGUAUUUUAAAAAAUAAUAGAACCUAGUGCGUCUCGUGGGAACAAAUUAGUAACCAUAAGAUGGUAUGAUACCUAUCAACCUAUGUAUGCUUUGCUUUAAUCAAUAAGAUAGUAUGAUUUAUUUUUA